UUUUGCUAUGUGUAAAUAUGUCCAAAUCUAAUUGGCGCAAUUCUCUUUUUAUAUUGAUGAAAUUAACAUAAACCUAUAUUGGUAAUACACAUGUUUUUAAAUAAAAUUUAUCAGAAUGGAGACUCCAAAGAGUGGAAGAAGAGUACGAAUAACUCGUAAUCCAACGCCCCGUCUUUCUGCGCGAAAAAAGAGUCUAUUUUUUGAUGAUGACAAUAAACUGGCGGGAAAUGAUGUGUUGGAUGGAAUAAAACCACUAGAAACAACAACUGAAAUAAAGGAAACCAAUUGUGUCACAACAAGGAGUAGACGUAACAUUGAAUGCCUUCUUGAUUCUAAAUGUCAACCUGAUAACAUAGGUUUUGUAAACGAUACGCCGAUGGGAAAGAUUAGGACACCAUUACGUAGAAGUCCACGUACAAAUGUCCGAAACCAAUCACCGGUCUGUCUUUCAAAGAUGCCAAUUGGUAAGGAAAAUACGCCAAAUGCAGAUGCAGAGGAUUAUGCCGGAGAACAUCUUCAAACAUUGUUCAAUACCUCAAUGAGGAUAACCUCGAACAAAAACCAAAAUGGCACCAUCAAUACAACUGAUCGAUCGGAAACUCUAAAACGAUAUCAUGAGAAAGAAAGCAGCGUUGAUUUAAGUCCGGAAAGAAAAACUUUUAAAUUUUCGCCUACUGAUGAAAUUUUAGAAACAAUAUCCACAAAAAAAUUUUAUUCUGCAUCGAGACCAGCAUGCGUUACAGAAUUUGGUAGCUGUUUGAAAUCACCACCUAUUGUUAACAAAAUGCACACACGAAACCGUGCUCGUCGUGAUCCCAGAAAAAAUAACAUUAACAAAGGAGUGAAACACAAGAUUAGGAGGCCAGCCCGCAACAAGUUUUCUGGAAAUAAUUAUCGUAGUACAUUCUCAUCCGUAGAUGUAGACCUGAUAUUGAAAAAUGUGCGCAAUGAAAAACUGAAAAGUCUUAUUGUUUCAAAAAGAGAACAGCGUCAAAAUAUUGAGAAGAUACAUAACAUUUUCCGAUCGUGUAAAAAUCCCAUAGAAAUGGCAAGACCUCUGACAUCUUUAUCUGGGAUUGAUGAUUCUAACAACAACACAUAUGAAUAUACAUUAUCCACGUGUAAAAAUGAUCUAUCUUCUCAAAUGACAGACGAAGCAGAUACAGAUUUCUCUGAUAUUGAUAGUAAUUUGGAAGAAAUUGACGGGUUAUCAAAUGUCGAAGAGAUUAUUCCCUUAAUUUCUCAUGAGCCAUCUGUUAUAGAGGCAGCAAUUAUUGAAAGUGAAAUUGACAAACCAACAACAACCACACCAAUUAAAAGAAAAUUCUUCAAAUCUGGUCGGACUAGUCAAACACCUAAAGAAGUUCGUAUUACAGAUAACAUUAAAGCUUCUAUUUGUAAUGGUAAAUUAUCCUUGAUACAAGAAGAAAAGAAAUUGAGAAAGAAACCAAAAAGAAGGCCAUCAACAACUUAUGAUAUCUCAGAUGAACAGGCAACUGUUGAAGCGAUUUUGAAAAAUUUGGACGAUACAUCCUAUGGAGAUAUAGAUGAAAAUUUUGAAAGUCAUGUCAUCAAUCAAUCUGUUUCUAAAGAAAGCAGUAAACAAACUCAGCCUGUAGAAGCUAACCAAAUACAUAUAAACAACGAAUAUGCACAUUUCCGUAACCGUCUGCCAUAUAAUACAAAUGAUACGGCAGUUAUAGAGCAACAGCAUUUAUUGCUCGACUUUCUUAUUAAUAAUAAUAUGUGUACAGAAGAAAACUUCACCAUAUUCAUAGCAGAUCCAGAUAAUCACAAAGACGAGGCUGCGCGCAUUGUAGAUCAAGUCUUUGUUUUAGUAAAUGAGCAAGAUUACUUUCGGCAACGUAUCCCGGUUAACACAACUGACCCAGAAAUAGAAGCACAGCAAAGACGAAUGUUAGAGUUUCUAAUUGAGAACAACAUAUGUACGGAAGAUAAUUUUGAUAUUUUUAUAGCAAACUAUAACCAAAGGUACAAAGAAGCAGAUGAGAUUCUAAAAACUAUAAGGAACCAAGAAAAGGAAAAUGUAUCCUCAAAUGAUUUACAAGAAAAUGAAUUGAAUGGCUCCGAUGUAAAAGAUGUUGUUGAAGAAACCAUUGAUCCAACUCCUCAAUAUAUUGAGGAAAAUGCAUUUCCUUUACUUCCGCUUAAUGAUAAAAGUGAAGAUAAAUUCUUUCCAAUUUUUAAUACAGCCAAAUGGAAACCUUUAGAACAGAAAUCCAAUCGAAAUAUCCCAAGAACUUGGAAUUUCGGUCUGGGUAAUAACCAAUACCAAAUUGAUGCAGGUCAAAAGAAAUUUGGUGCUUACCAAUGUAAACAGUGCGGGCUUGUUUAUAGCAUACAUGAACCGGAGGAAGAGUUAUUACAUCGGGAUUAUCACGCCUCCUUACAUUUACUACGUUUCAAGGGUUGGAUUGAUGAAGAUCUUGUUGCUAUUUUCCCAGAAUGGGGUGCAGAUGGACGAAUAUUGCGCAUAACAGAAUCGUCACAUAAUCGACGACAUGAACGCUUAGCCGAUAUUUUAAAGAUUGUUGACAAGGAGCUAGGAUUCUCAUCAUAUGUCAUUCCACCAACUUUUGUUGCUUAUCUCGCAGUGCGUAAAUAUCAAAUUGUUGGCCUUUGUUUAGUUGUGCCACUAGAAAAAGCAAAGAAGUACAUAAGAGUAGAUGGCGUUGACUGUUGCACUCUGGAAGAGUACCCAGCGAAAUGCGGCAUAUCUCGUAUUUGGGUUUCCCCUCUACAUAGACGUUUGCACAUAGCAACAAAACUUAUAAACGCCGUGCAACAAAAUACAAUUUUCGGCGAGGAAAUUACUUUGGACAUGAUAGCAUUCAGUGCGCCUACCGAAAACGGACGAAUGUUUGCACAGAAAGUGACAAAUUUAGAGAAUUUCUUGGUUUACGAGUGAAAACCCGUUAUAGUAUAUAUUAUUAAAAGUAAUGCUGUAGUUGUAUAAUAAAAUUGUGCAGCGCUUAUUUUUUACAAUGCAUAGCAAUAUUUUGUUAAUAUGUUUGAAAAUGAAGUUUUCUUGUAUAAAAAUAUUUCGGUUUGAAUUUCACGAAAUUCUUUAUAAUAAAUAAUUACAUACAUAGAUACUA